AUGUGCCAAGUAGGAUAUCCUACACUUCCCAAGAGCCGUGGCUUUUCACCUCCAACGUGAGGAAGAACAUACUGUUUGGCACCCCGCAUGUGAAGGAAAGAUACAAUGAAGUGGUGAAAGUGUGCGCCUUGCAACGAGACUUUGAGGAACUUCCUUUCGGCGAUAAGACGCAAGUAGGAGAAAAAGGCGCCCUCCUAAGUGGAGGACAACGAGCUCGAGUGGCCCUGGCUAGAGCAGUUUACCGCGAGGCUGAUGCCUAUUUGCUGGACGAUCCUCUAAGCGCAGUGGACGCCCAUGUGGCCAAACAUUUAUUCGAGCAAUGCAUUCAACAGUAUCUGGCAGGAAAAACGCGCAUUCUAGUCACUCAUCAGGUGCAGUUCCUCAAAGGAGCCGAUAUGAUCGUCGUAAUGAACAAUGGAAAAAUAGAGAAAACCGGAACGUUUGAAGAAUUAGAAAAGAACAUUUCGGAGAUUUCCAAAGAAGUGCAACAACAGUCCAAAGACGAGGCCAAAGAGGAAGAGGCCAAUAAAAUCACCAGUAAACGGGAGUUUCAUCAAUCAAUUUCCUCUGUGAUUAGUUUGGAGGGGACUGAGCCGGACGAAUCACAAGAGCUAAUCUUAAAAGGAUCAAUCCCCUCUUCAACCUAUAUAGAAUAUUACAAAGCGGGGGCUUCAGCCUUCUUCCUAGCCGGUUUAGUGGUUUUGCUGAUCAUUUCCCAAGCCAUGUGCAAUGGGUCCGAUUUAUGGGUCACUUAUUGGACGAACAAGGAAGAGCUGAGAUACGCGCAGAAUCAAGCAAGGAAUUCUUCAAACAUCGUCGAUUCUUCCCAGGAAACGAACGCGAGCACAACUAUCUUACCCCCAGCAGGGACUAGUGGGAAUCUGAAUAUUGCCGCAACCCCUGAGGGAGCUGAAUUACUUUCCAUGAACAGCUACAUCCUGAUCUACACAGUGCUAAUUCUUAUGACAGUUCUGCUUACCAGCGCCCGCUCGAUAGCGUUUUACAAAGUGUGCAUGAACGCCUCAAAAAACCUGCACAAGAAAAUGUUUGCCAGCGUCCUGAAAGCGCCGAUGUCCUUUUUCGACGCCAAUCCUUCCGGAAGAAUCCUCAACAGAUUCUCCAAAGACAUGGGAGCUGUAGACGAGCUCUUACCGCGAGUGAAUUUAGACGCUUUGCAGAUUUUCUUGAUCAUGUCAGGGAUUUUAGCCAUAGUCUUCAUCGUCAGCAUCUGGAUGAUUUUCCCGGCUAUAAUUUUGGGCUAUCUGUUCUUCUGGGCGCGAAAGGUCUACCUAUCUUCGGCACAGGAUGUUAAAAGACUCGAAGGGACCACCAGGACGCCAGUCUUUUCGCAUGUUACUUCCAGUCUUUAUGGAUUGUCCAGCAUCAGAGCGUUCCGAGCUCAGGGAAUGGUUGCCCAAGAAUUCGAUACGUUGCAGGAUCAACAUACUUCCACGUGGUGCUUGCUGCUGCAGAGCAGCGAAGCUCUGGGUUUGUACCUGGAUGUGAUUAGCACAGUUUUCCUUGGUCUGGUCACUUUCCAGUUCCUGAUUUUUCGAAGCGAAGACACCGUCAGUGGGAGUGUGGGGCUUGUGAUUGCGCAAAGCUUGAUUUUAACUG